AGCCGUUCUGACACGGACGGCCCGCUCGCCCGGGCUCCCGGCGGCGCCCCCCAUUGACGCAUCAGCUCCCGAUGGGCCACAGCAGUCUAGGGCCGCGCGGGAGCGCGCUGGUCGAGACGAGGACGGGCCCCAUGCUACACCUGCAGCUGCGCGGGGGCGGCGUGCAGGCCGGCGCCGCACUCGCCGAGCGGGCGAAGGAGCCUUCGCACCCUGCGCCCGUGAGGGGCUCGGCGGCCGAACCCCUGCGCUGCGCGGGACCCUCGCGCGCAGAGCCCGCGCAGGAGCGCCGGCACCUGGCGCCGCUGGCGGAAGAGGAGAGGCUGGAGUGCGCGUUCGACCAGCUCGGCGCGUCCACCGAGCUCCUCGAGAGCUGGCAGCUGAUCGAGCGCAAGUUGCGCCAUGCCCGCGGGGGCUCCGGCUUUCAGCUGGGCCCAGCCGAACGGCGCGCGACGCUACGGUUCAUCUACUGCUUCAUCGAGCUGAUGGACAUGCCGCCGCAGCAGACCUGGUUCGAGGCCGCGGCGCUGCUCGACGCCUUCCUCCGAUGCGCGCCGGGUGGCACGAGCAUCGGCUCCUUGCCCGCCGUCGCCGUGGCUGUCGUCAAGGUCUUGAAGAAGAAGGACAUGGCGUGUCUCGACAUGAGCAAGUCUGGUCUCUCGGGGCACGCCCGGCCGCUGGCCGCGGCUCUGCGGCAGCUGGGCCACGCGGUGCCCGACGCCACGGAGGGCUCGAUUGCCGAGGCCGAGCACUUGCUGCUGAAGACGCUCGGCUGGCGGACCUGCAUGCCCUCCGUUCAGGCCUGGACGGAGAAGUUCUGCGCGCGCCUGAGCGCGCUGACCCGCGGCCUGCCGGUGGGGCCUACGCUGGAGUGGAUCUGGCAGCGCAGCUACUGCCAGGCCAUGGCCCUCGUGAUGGAUGCCGCCGAGCAGCCCCCGCGCCAGGUGGCCCUCGGCCUGCUGGCGCUCGGUGCCGUGGAGGCGGGCCUGAUCCCGCUGGACAGCGUCCGGCCAGGCAAGCACGAGCCGGAGACCUGGGCGCAGCUCGCGGCACGGAGGCUGCUCGCGGGCGGGGCGCCCGCGAGCCCUGGACCGCCCGAGGCCGUCCGCCAGGUGCUGCGCCUCGUCGAGAAAGCGACGGUCGCCGGCAGAGAGGAGGUCCAGGACGCGUGCGAGUUGGUGCUACUCACGCUCGACAGGGCCACCAGCGCGGUCAGCACGCCGACCCACGCGACCGCCACUGGCCCUGGAGCCACCGCGUCGGCGACGAGCACGACGGGCGUGCCCAUGUGCGCUGCGGCUGCCUAGUGAGGCCGCCGAGAUCAGCCCAGAGUCAGCACACCAGCGGCUCGCGUCGGGCAGCCGCGUGUGCCUUGGUGAAUUGUGGGGCAGGGGAGGGGAGGGUGUUGCGGUGAGGUAAUUGACUAGUAUGUCGGCGCACGUGUCAUCCUCGACUGCGGCUUCUGCCCACAUCGUGGGGCCCGCGUGGCUACUCGCAGUCGUUUUUUAGAAUCAAUGGAUGAUCAAGUGUUGCUGCUUGUGCGUCGAUGUUGUUUUGCAGGCAAGGCGCAAGAUUUUCGACGAGGCGGCAAAUUUCAAUUAGGGAAUAUCUUCUUUCGGCUAGCUUAGAUGAUAGACAACUGUCGCGGGCAGAGCGCCAGGAGAUUGCAGCUCACUGCAAGCUGCAUUAGCCCUGGCGAUUUUGAGACCAUCCUCGGGAUGUUCGCGAGCCUGGAAUGGCGUGUUGUUCUCAGCUCCACUCUCCGCCAUAUUUGUUGACAUUCGCGAUCCCUCUCGCUUCGCGGGGUGCACGUACGGACCACGUAUAGUUGUCCAGUCGUUGUCGGGACUCCCGG